GAAAUGGCAGAGGCAGGUAAUGGGUCUCCAACUGCAGUUUCCCAAAACACCUAUGAUGGGUCUCCCAUUGGAGUUGUAUGGGACAGGGAUACAAGAAAUGUUGAAGACCAGCCAACAAGAUCCAGUUUGCACAAGGAGGACAGUCAGCCAGAAACAGAUACUGGUGAGAAGCCCUAUGAGUGUGGGGAGGAUGUGUCCAGGGCAAUUCAGAAUUCUACCUUAUCCCAACAUACUCAUGCAGGUAAAAAACGCUACCAGUGUGACCAGUGUGAUUUUUCUACUGCAUAUAAAAGCAGUUUGAACCAACAUCUAAGAAGACACUCAGGAGACAGACCCUACGUGUGCGGGGAGUGUGGGUACAGCGCAUGUGAGAAGUCUAUCUUAUCCCAACAUAUGAAGAGAACUCAUACAGGUAAAAAAUGCCACCAGUGUGACCAGUGUGACUUUUCUACAGCAUAUAAAAGCAGUUUGAACCAACAUCUAAGAAGACACGCAGGAGACAGACCCUACAUGUGCGGGGAGUGUGGGUUCAGGGCAAACCAGUUUUUUACCUUAUCCGAACACAUGACAACUCAUACAGGUGAAAAACCCUACAAGUGUGACCAGUGUGACUAUGCUGCUGCACGGAAAGGACAUUUGAAACACCAUCGAGCAGUGAAACACGAUGGAUAUAGGCCCUUCAUUUGUAAAGAGUGUGGGUACAGUACAACUCGAAACUCUUACUUGACCAGACAUAUUAGAACUCACACAACUAAAAGAUCCUUCAAGUGUGACCAGUGUGAUUAUUCUGCUACAUUGCAAGUCAAUUUGGACCAACAUCUAAAAAAGCACACUGGAAUCAAACCCUACAUGUGUGGGGAGUGUGGGUACAGGACAGCUCAAAACUCUUACUUGGUACGGCAUAUGAGAAUCCAUACAGGUGAAAAACCCUACAAAUGUGACCAGUGUGACUAUUCUGCCGCACAGAAAUCCCUGUUGGAUGGCCACUACCGAGCGAAACAUAUGGAAAACAAGCCCCACAAAUGUGAGGAGUGCGGGUAUAGUACUAUUUGGAGGAAGGACUUGGUCACUCAUUUGAGAACUCAUACUGGUGAAAAACCCUACAAAUGUAACCUGUGUGACUAUUCUGCCACAAAGAAAUGGUCAUUAGACCAACACCAUCUAGCACAUCACACAAAUGAGAAACGUUACGUGUGUGGGGAGUGUGAGUACAGGACAAAUCGAAAGCACGACUUAUCCCAACAUAUUAAAACCCAUACAGGUGAAAAACCCCACAAAUGUGACCAGUGUGACUAUUCUGCUGCACAGAAGUCCAAUUUGGAAACACAUCGGCUAGCAAGACACACAGAUGAGAAACGCUACAUGUGUGAGGAGUGCGGAUACAGGGCAACUCGAAAGGCAGACUUAGUCCAACAUAGGAGAAUCCACACUGGUGAAAAACCCUACCUGUGUGAGAAGUGUGGUUUCAGAGCAGCGCAUAAAUCCAGCAUGACCCACCAUAUCAAACUCCAUGCUAAUGAAAAACCAUGAACCGUGUGGUUACUGUAAUUCACUUUGCAAAUGUAUGUUCAAUAGUACUUGCAGCAAAAGUUUGCAGUCUGAGAAAAAUGGACAUAUUCAUGGAACUAUUUCUUCUAUUGGUGGCGGCAUGUGCAGAAAAAAGAAAGUGGGUGAAUUACUUCUUCACGGUAAUAGUAAUGGUAAGUUUGCAGUGCAGAAGUGACCGCAAAACCGUGAACAUAAAAUUUCCAGGAAAUAUCAUGAAUUACAGUACAUGAUGUAUUUACAUCAGGGCCAAUCACCUAUCAUUCAAUCACAAUGGGGGCUGACAUUGUUUACAAGAUAACUUUGACCCCAGUGUUGACUAUGGGUGCAAUUUGUAAACUGCUAGUUUCAUUGUUACAACAAUGUAUUACAAUUAUGUUACAUAUAGAAAAUAUGAAAGUGCCAGUCAUCUGUUUGUGACAGCUAUGUAUAUAUAUACUGUACAUACUUUUUAAGCCUGCAGAAAGAAAUUAACACAUUCGUUUGUCACACAACUCAAAACUUGUAAUCCAUUCUGAAAUAUUCUCAUUCACUAAUUACUGGUAGCAUUACAUUAGUCUGGUAUACAGACAGUCUUGAUCAUACCCAUGCAGGGUGGUCUUCUUAUACAAGUUUGACGGUACAUUUAAACACCACUGUAUUUUAUUUCGUGUAUCAUAUUGGACUACAUGUUUUAUGUAAUGAUAUGGGCCUUUCAGCCUGAAAUGAAUAAUGAAUAGUGUAAAUAAGAUAAAUCUUGGUAAUUCACACCAGCUCAAAUACUACUUUCACUUGUUAUACUUGUAUAGUGUAGCAUUUCUGUUUGAAACACACUAAAUCCUUUUAGCCUCUUUAUAAAAGGGCAAAAUGUAUUACUUUCUGCUUGUUUAUUUGCAGAUUCCAAGAAAAUCUACUCUAACCAUAUUCCAUAGAUAUAAAUCAUUGAGCAGUUUUGAUAA